GAGCCAUCUAUUUCCACUUUAUAUCUUCUGUGACGUAAGUAACUCCACUGUGAUCACUUUUUAUCACGCGUCAAAUGGUGACCCGAACGAUAGAUCUGCGGUCGGAUACAGUGACAAAACCGACAGAAACGAUGCGGUUAGCGAUGGCGAAAGCUGAGGUGGAUGAUGAUGUGUUGGUUUAUGAUCCAACGGCUCGACAGUUGGAGAAAGAAAUGGCGCGAGUUACAGGGAAAGAAGCUGCACUCUUUGUUCCUUCUGGGACAAUGGGUAACUUGAUAAGUGUUCUUGUUCAUUGUGAGAUUAGAGGAAGUGAAGUGAUUCUUGGUGAUAAUUCUCAUAUACAUAUAUAUGAGAAUGGUGGGAUUUCAACACUUGGAGGUGUUCAUCCUAGACCUGUUAAGAAUAAUGAUGAUGGGACUAUUGAUAUCGGGUUGAUUGAAAGUUCGAUUCGGAAUCCAGACUUUGAGAUUUGUUACCCGAAGACUAGACUUAUUUGUCUUGAGAAUUCACAUGCUAAUACCGGUGGUCGGUGUCUUUCGGUUGAGUAUACUGAUCAGGUUGGGGAGCUUGCUAAAAAGCAUGGGUUGAAGCUUCAUAUCGAUGGGGCUCGUAUCUUUAAUGCGUCUGCUGCUCUAAAAGUUCCUGUUGAUCGGCUUGUACGGGCUGCUGAUUCAGUUUCGGUGUGUUUGUCAAAAGGGCUUGGCGCACCAGUAGGAAGUGUUAUCGUUGGGACAGAAGCCUUCAUAGCCAGGGCAAGGAUUCUGAGGAAAACCUUAGGGGGUGGAAUGCGACAGGUUGGCGUCUUAUGUGCUGCCGCACUUGUUGCCUUGCAAGAAAAUGUCCCAAAGCUUGUAACUGAUCACAAGAAUGCCAAGACUUUAGCUGAAGGGCUAAACAAAAUCAAGGGUCUGAGUGUGGAUAUAGCUUCUGUGGAGACAAAUAUUGUCUACUUUGAAAUACUAAAGGGGUCACAUAUUACCGCGCUGAAGUUGGGCAAAAUCAUGGAGGAGCAUGGCAUACUUUUGAUGCCUGAUAGCUCAUCCAGGGUUAGAAUUGUGAUUCACCACCAAGUAUCUGCAAGUGAUGUGCAGUACACAUUGUCGUGCAUAAAGCAAGCUAUGACUGGAGUGACGGAUGAAAAUGGCGGUAGCUGAGCUGAGGCGAAUCCACCUCUUUGAAAUAUAAUUUCACUUUCAGUUGUAAAUGUGAUUUGAAUUUGUGUUGAAGUUAGUUUCCUGUUGACAACUUCUUUUUAAAACCAUGCCAUCUAUUGUUUCACUUUAAUACGUUAUCAGUCAUAUAUGCAGUUAUCAGUCAUAUAUGUCGUUGAUGCUAA